AUGGGUCCUUUAUCCCCAUUCACGGAAAAGGGUAACAGGUACAUUCUUACUCUAGUAGAUUAUUCCAGCUGUUAUCCAGAAGCCCUAGCUUUGCCAAGUAUAGAGACAGAAAGAGUCGCUGAAGCAUUAAUGGAAAUCUUCUCCAGAGUAGGUAUACCAAGAGAAAUGUUAACGGACAUGGGUACCCAAUGCACGUCGUCUCUUAUGGAGGAAGUAAGUCGUCUCAUUUCAACCACACCUCAACACCCUUCCUGCAAUGGAUGGGUCGAACGCUUUAAUGGGACUUUAAAGCAAAUCUUAAAACGACAUUUUGCAAAGAAACCUAAGGACUGGGAUAAGUAUUUAAAUGCAAUUUUCUUUGCUUAUAGAGAGUUACCACAGAAAAGCUUGGGGAUUUCUCCUUUUGAAAUAGUCUGUGGAAGGUUUGUACGAGGUCCAAUGUCUAUUUUGAAAGAACUUUGUACCAAGGAAAUAGAAGAUACAAACGUGAAAAACAACCUAUCCUUAUGUUUUAAAUCUGAAAGAGAGAUCGCAGUCUAUGGCCCAACUUACCAGAGAAAACCUUUAAAAUCUGCAACCAGGUACAAGAAGUACUACGAUAAGAAAGCUAGAAAUAUAUCUCUAAAGGUAGGUGAUACAGCUCUUAUUCUAAUACCUACAGACUUCACUAAAUUACUUCUUCAAUGGAAAGGCUUUAGACAUCGUAAAGAAGGUAAACCGUGUAGAUUGCCAGUUGAAAAUGAAUGGGAAGUAAAUGCUACAUUUGUGGAUUGUGUGGGAGACUCAACACAGGAAGGACAGUUAGAUGACUAUCCGGCACUAGAUUCUGACCAAGGCACAGAAGUGGAUGUCAAUGGUUUGCUCUCGACCUAG